AUGGAUGGCACUUCCCUGCUAUAUACCCAUGGGAAUGGUCUGUCUGCUUCCAUUCUUCCGAUGCUGCAGUUGAAUCAGCAAGUUUCAAGUGUGGGAUUUAAUACGUUGAAGAAGUGGAACACUCUGAACUCACAAAUUCUGAACGCUUCGACACUAAGUGCAGCGACCACAAGUAAAGGUAUCUCUCGUCUUUUCACAAGAAGUAGCAAUAAACUCAGUGCAGAUAGUAACCAGGCAUUAAAGUUUUAUAACAGUAACAAUAGUGAAGAGUUCGAAGAUUCAGGAACAAUUCCUGCAACAGAAAAUAAGAGAUCAAGUACAAUUUUUAAGUUUUCUAAAAGCAAGACAAAGUCGAAUAGAGCUGAAAACGUUGACAAUGUAUCCGGAGGAGGCAAUGAUAGUAGUGGUGGAGGCAUAUUGCAUACUAAAAAGCGACCAGAUUUAACAGUCCAAACUACUGGGCACCAAAGUCUAAAAGUACCGAAAAAGAUCCUUACGUCACUGCUGAUAGAGGAUAGUAAGAGCUCCAGUAGAAAAAACACUGUAACUUCACCGGUUUCUACAUUUCAUAAUUUGUUUCAUAGGUCACAUAGUAAUUCACAAUCACAGGCAUUGACUUUUAGGCAUGAUGAUGUCAAUGGAAAUGGUUCCGGAUCAGGAUCAGGAACACUUGGAGGCAGCACACCAUCCAAAAUGCAAAAAAUGGAGGAAUCUUUACACCCUCAUGUUCAUCACCAUCAUACACAUCGGUACCUGGGGACCAAUAAUCCGAAUAGGACUGCAAUUGGACUUUCCUCGAACAAUUCGAACUCUGCUAUUUCUGAUAUACCGUUUGCGAUGGUUUACAACUUUACUGAUCCAGAUUACUCAGUAGAUAUAUUUGAUGAAAAGAAUAGUGGCCAACCAUCUUCUUCUGUGGAUGAUCACAACUUGUCAAUAAAGGAUAUCCAGAGGAAGCUAAUGAUCCCUGCAGAUCAAUAUUUUCAAUCAAGACUUGGAAAGGGGAAUGAGUACUACGGCAUUGGUAAUAGCGCGGGCGUUAAUAGUUUGAGCAACGGAGGUAUCGUAAGUGGUGGCUCUUUUGGAGGAAGCUCUUCUAUACGGGACAGUCGCAGCAAUAGCUUAAGUACGAAUAAGGCGAAUAGUUUCAGCCAAUCAUACGGAAACAUCUCAUUAGGACUUGGAGGGGAGUCUUCACUUGGUGGACUUGGCAUCGUAGCUGAUGAUUCUGAAUCUUACUAUACUAGGUACUUGCUAGAUUUUAGUAAAAACAACUAUCAAUUCUUUAAUAAUUUUUUAGAAGUUGUUAAGCCGAUUUUUUUUAGGUCGAAGGAGAGAAAGUUGAGCAAUGGAAGUAGGCAUGCAUACGUUGGAAUGACCCUUGAAGACGUAUCGAAUUAUGUGCAAGAUAAUUAUGUGAAACAGGUCACAUAUGGUACAUACUCUACUUCAACGCAGGAUAGUUACGCAGGUGGUGGUGUCUCACCGGUUGGACCCACAAAGAGGAGAAUGAGAGGUAAUAGGAGCACCAUAAGUAGUGGAGAGAAUAACAGCAGCUCAGCUCUGACUGGUACCAAAUUGGACAUAAGUAAGAUUGACGAUGUCAUCAUCAGAGAAAUCUAUCAAGAUAUUCUUACAUUCUGCGCACAAUGCAUGAUAUUAUUUACUGAGGAUUUUAAGCUGACAAUGCUGCCUCGCUCAACUACAUCGUCAAGUUCAAUCCCUGAUACAGUGAGGAUAUCAAUGACGAAAGAUUGGGAACUCAUUGUAAUGAUGUGGCAGUAUUUCAACGAAAAAAUAAGAUACCAAAUAAUCACUGUAUUUUAUCCCUUGGAGAAGUUUUUCCAGAAUUGCAUAUUAAGUUCUUCCACUCUUAAUCCAACCAACAUUGAAAUAGAGAGUAUUAUUUUACUAGCAUUUAGGGACAUAGUACUUAUUCCAUUCUUUUUACAAAGAGCCAACGAGUAUCGUCAAGCACAGGCCUUGAACCAAUCGGUAUCUCAUCCAAAUGCCAUCACAUAUGAAGAAGAAAUGCUUUUGAAAGAAAAUGACAAUCUUUUGCUAGGAAAAAUAAUAGAUUGUAUGGGAGUCAUAUUGACUCAAACUACGUCAGAGACGGGCAAUGCAGACGGUGAGGAACAUAUCCGUCUAGAAAUCUUUCGGGAAACUUUUAACUGGGUUAUAGGAAUUAUAUAG